GAAAUAAAUAGAACUCCUCCUCCUUGUCGUAAAUAAUGAAAUUGUGAAACUCGAGGUUUGAUGUUUUCUUUUUAGAUUUGAUAUAACGAUUUGAACCUUUAAAAUGAAUUAAGUUUUUUUAGUGUAUCUUAUUUGGGUAAAUGUAAAACAGUUGCAGAACAAAACAAUGUAUACCUACCUAACUUCUGUAGCCUGAAGGGAGCAAUACAGAAUAUUCAAAUAGCUAAACCAAAUUAGAAAACCCAUCCAAAAUAGCAGUAUAGACACACAUUUUUAUUGCAGUUUGAUAAUUUUUUCAUUCCAUUAAAGUUUUCUUUCUUAAACUAACUCAGAAGGUUCUACUAAUAUUCACAGAUUCAGAGGGACUUUCCAGAUAAAUCAAACCAUAAGAGUUGUAUUAUGACAACUACCUAACCAGAUUGUCUCUAUCACUAAUCACUAAUAAGUUAUCCAUUUCAUUUUCAAUAUGGAUACUCCUAAAACUUUGAAGAAAGGCUUAGGUUUACAUAAUCUUGAAAGUUCAAUAUUUUGUCCUAAAUAUGAAAAACCAUUGAGGAAAGCUUUUUACAAUGGAGUCGCUUUACUUUUGAUCAGUGCUUGCAGCGUUUUUGCUUGGGGUUCUUUCAUUAUAUUAGAACCCUUUUUGAAACCUUUAUUCUGGGCAUUAUUAUGUGGAUCCGUUCUUCAUCCCCUCAAGUACAAGUUGUCGACACAUUUCAAGACAUGGAUAAUUUUGGCAGAAGAUACUGACUUUAAGCUACCUCUUGUAGUUAGCAUACUAUCCUUUCCUCUACGAAUCUCACUGGAGUUGUCAGAAUUCAUCGGAGAUUCUAUAUGUAAACACUGGAAAAAGAUAAUUGUCGGAGUUUUGUUUAUGUGUGUCAGUGGGGUCAUCUACAAUUACACACCUCAAAUACUUAUUUGUUUAUCAUGGAAAAUUCUCAAGGUCUUGGUGACUGCAACCAUGUUUGUGACAGAACUGUUUAAAAGCUCAACUUUGGUGGUGACGUUAGUAUUGGGUUUUCUAAUCGCUUUGACUAUGUGUUGGGAUCAAAAGUAUGAAAACAAUUUUAUCAAGAUCUCUUACGCUGUGUGGUUUGCUGUAUCUGCACAUAUAGCUAGCUACUUCUACUACAUAGAAAUACCUACAUUUGCCUUCUUCCAGUUGCUUUUUAUAUUUGGGUUUUUCCUUUCAAACCAAGAAUCUACAUUAAAAAGUGAUGACUCAGUAGUUGGAAGCGUUUCGUGUGCAGAGGAAGAACAAGAUGCUAAGGUUAAUACAGUUAAAGCCCCUCCCUGCGAUCUGACUGUCAUACAGAGCCCUCUGGCUUCAAAACCGAUAGUUUGUCCGCCCGACACUGUGCAGAUGUUGUUGCACCAAGUGAGGUGGUACACAAGUGACAACACCAGCGAUUACUACAUCUACUGGGUGAGCGUUGCUUGUGUCAUCACCUUGAUCCUGCAGUCAGGUUGGAUACCUUACGUCUUAGCCCUACUGUUCCUAGUCUACAUUAUCAGACAUCUUUGUAAAUCUUUUGGUGUGACUGAUUUUGUUCAUUCAAAAUACUGCCUAUUUAUGGACUGGAUUUCCGAAUGGUAUUUUGUCAGAAAAAAUGUCUUGAUUCCUGCUCCGAUUUUGUGUUUGAACACUAUGUUCAGUGAAGUCAGAAGCCGCCUCCUUUCAAUUCUGAAGGACUCAAGUGAUUCUGCAGCUACGGUGAUUGUUAUUUUAGCUUUGCUUUUUGUUGUGAUAUUUGGAUCUACAUUCCUUGUGAUACAGGCGUACACAGAGGGUAUGUACAUGAUGAAGGUGGGAGGCAGUGUGAUCAACCAGACAGUUGUACACAACCCAGAGUUGACCCAGCUGCUGCCCGAGGGUUUGGAACAACAACUCAACUCUGUACUCAACAAUGCCUACAUCUACGGUCGACAGGCAAUAUCCAAGUUUGUCAGAAAUAUGCUGAGUGAGGUGAGUGAAGAGAAGGCGCUAGAGGUGGAAGAUCGAGUGCUGGAUCUGUGGGAUCGAGUGUACCAAGCGUGGAUGAUGAGUGCAAUAGAGAAGAAGACCACCAUUGGCCCCAAGGUCACCUCCUCCGCCGUCUACCAGACGUGGGACAACUUCAUAGACAUUGUGCACAGGACUCCUGAGCUAGUAAGCAUGAGAGCUGUGACUGAUUGGGCCCAGAACAACAUGGUGAUGCUCACAUCAGGACUAGAGAGCGUGUGGGAACUUAUCAGAGGUAACGCCAGUCUUGUUCUCAGUGCUUUCCUUACGGUCUUCACUGUUGUUUUCACUCACAGCUUUGCAGUGUUGAACUUCUGUAUCAGUAUGAUUGUCUUCCUGACGGCUCUCUUCUAUUUGCUCAGUUCUAGUCGUCAGCUGUACAAGCCAGUCGAGCUCAUCACUGCUAUCAGUCCCGUCUUUGGAAAAAGACUGGCUUUUGCUAUGGAGAAUGCAGUCAAUGAGGUACUGACUGCUUCAUUCAAACUGGCUGUUUUCUACGGAAUGUGGACGUGGCUGAUCCAUAACCUGUUUCAAAUGAACAUCGUCUAUAUUCCUUCAGUUUUGGCAGCCAUGUUGGCAGUAGUUCCUGCACUGGGUACGUACUGGGCCUGUCUGCCGGCAGUGUUGGACUUGUGGCUGGCACAAGGCAAGAAGUUCCAUGCAAUCACACUCGCUGUCUGCCAGUUCUUGCCUACACUGUUCGUAGACGCAACCAUCUACACUGAGAUAAAUGAAGGUCACCCCUAUCUGACAGGACUGUCAGUUGCUGGAGGGUUGUUCUGUAUGGGUAUGGAGGGAGCCAUUAUCCGACCACUGAUCCUGUGUUGCCUCUAUGUCGUUGUGAUCAAGUCCAGUGCCAUCAUGUAACGUAUAUAUUUGUUGUUAU